ACAGUAUUAACAUUCUCAGGAAAUUCAAUGGCCUGGGCAUCGCAAUUUCUAGGAAUUAAAAUGCCCCGCGAACCAAAAGCCACUCGCCACAUGGAACACUGUUCUAUCCGUUAAGCUUCUUCUUGUGCCCGUCAGCUGGUCAGUUGUCUUCAAUGGCGAUCGCUGCCGCUUCAUUUCUCCACUGCCCUUCGCCGUCACUCUCUUCCUUCUUCUUCUCCGAACGCAGCGGGGCUUUUCCAUCUCCGCUUAAUCGGCCUCGCGUUCCUCGUCCUCCAGACGGCCGUUGGGGUUUUUCGACCCCCAUUGUAUCCCGCCGAAACCCUCUGCAUCCUUCCUCUGGUAAUGGGAUAAGAGCUGAAGCUUCGUCCGCCGGAGAGCCUAUGGUGCCUCCUUACAACGUUUUGAUUACCGGUUCAACCAAGGGAAUUGGAUAUGCUCUAGCUAAAGAGUUUCUAAGAGCAGGUGACAAUGUCAUAAUUUGCUCAAGAUCUGCUGAACGAGUUGAGUCUGCUCUCCAUAAUUUAAGAGGGGAAUUUGGGGAACACUGUGUGUGGGGUACUAAAUGUGAUGUUAGGGUUGGGAAGGAUGUGAAAGACUUAGUGGCUUUUGCACAACAAAAUUUUAAGUACAUUGACAUAUGGAUUAAUAAUGCAGGAUCAAACGCAUACAGCUAUAAACCACUGGCAGAAGCUUCAGACGAAGAUCUUAUUGAAGUUGUAUCUACGAACACACUUGGUUUGAUGAUCUGUUGUCGAGAGGCAAUAAAGAUGAUGUUGAAGCAACCUCGGGGGGGUCAUAUUUUCAACAUUGAUGGUGCUGGUUCAGAUGGGAGGCCUACCCCCAGAUUUGCUGCAUAUGGGGCAACUAAGCGGAGUGUGAUUCAUUUAACAAAAUCAUUGCAGGCAGAACUGCAGAUGCAAGAUGUUAAAAAUGUUGUCAUGCAUAAUUUGUCGCCCGGAAUGGUCACAACUGAUCUUCUCAUGUCUGGUGCAAAUACAAAGCAGGCGAAGUUUUUCAUUAAUGUGCUGGCAGAACCAGCAGAAGUGGUUGCUGAAUACCUUGUUCCGAACAUCAGAUCAAUCCCUGCCAAUGGAUCAACAAAGCCCACUAACAUUCGUUUCCUCACUGGGUUGAAAGCCUACUCCCAGAUAUUCUCAAGAUUUGCAUUCGGAGCUAGAAGAAACAGAUAUCUUCUUGAAGAGUGAGAACUAUUGAGGCUGAAAUGUUGCAUGCUUUAAUUAAAAAAAAACUAUUCAUGUAAAAAUGUCAGUCUUCUCAUUGUGUUGUUAUUUUCCUUAUUUUAUGUAUUGUAUUUUUUAGGAAAAAGAAAAGAUGAAUUUCUUUUGAACAUAUGUUGAUUUGUGUUUGUUGAGCCCGUUGGGUUGGUUACCCUUAUACCUAACUUAACAGUGAUAUUUUUUGUUGAGGCAUCA